CUAGAGGAAAGAAGGGAGAAAAAAGCACCCCGGCUUCCAGUCCAUGUGAAUUCUUUUGAGAUGAAAAGAAGAAACUGCUCUGCCACAUCCCUUCUCCUGCUACUCCUGCUUCUACUCGGGGGUUCGGAACUGGGAACAAGCCAACAUAUUUCUACUAAGAACCUACUGAGCAGCCCUGAUGACUCACAGACAAGAGAAAAAUAUACCAGUGAUGACCUGAGGACCACUGAAGAUCAAGUAACUAAAGACCUAGGCUCCAGUGAGGACCCCAUUACUGAACCCCUGGUGACCUCUGAAGACUAUACCUCUGUAGAUUCGGGGACCAUCGAGGACUACACCAAUGCAGACCCGGAGACCACCAAGGACUCUUUUACUGCAGAACCAGGGACCACCGAAGACUAUACCACUGCAGACCCGGAGACCACCGAGGACUCUUUUACUGAAGAACCAGGUACCACCGAAGACUAUACCACUGCAGACCCGGAGACCACCAAGGACUCUUUUACUGUAGAACCAGGGACCACCGAAGACUAUAUCACUGCAGACCCGGAGACCACUGAGGACUCUUUUACUGCAGAGACCAGUGAAGACUAUACCACUGCAGACCCGGACACCACCGAGGACUCUUUUACUGCACAACCAGAGACCACCGAAGACUAUACCACUGCAGACCCAGAGACCACCGAGGACUCUUUUACUGCAGAACCAGGGACCACCGAAGACUAUACCACUGCAGACCUGUGGACCACCGAGGACUCUUUUACUGCAGAACCAGGGACCACCGAAGACUAUACCACUGCAGACCCGGGGACCACCGAGGACUCUUUUACUGCAGACCCAGAGACCACCGAAGACUAUGCCACUGCAGACCCAGAGACCACAGAGGACUCUUUUACUGCAGAACUGGGGACCACCGAAGACUAUACCACCGAAGACUAUACCACUGCAGACCUGGGGACCACCGAGGACUCUUUUACUGCAGAACCGGGGACCACCGAAGGCUAUACCACUGCAGACCCGGAGACCACUGAGGACUCUUUUACUGCAGAACCAGAGACCACCGAAGACUAUACCACUGCAGACCCAGAGACCACCGAGGACUCUUUUACUGCAGAACCAGGGACCACCGAAGACUAUACCACUGCAGACCCGGAGACCAAACCGGGGACCACCGAAGACUAUACCACUGCAGACCCAGAGACCACCGAGGACUCUUUUACUGCAGAACCAGGGACCACCGAAGACUAUACCACUGCAGACCCGGAGACCACCGAGGACUCUUUUACUGCAGAACCAGGGACCACCGAAGACUAUACCACUGCAGACCCGGAGACCACCGAGGACUCUUUUACUGCAGAACCGGGGACCACCGAAGACUAUACCACCAAAGACUAUACCACUGCAGACCCGGGGACCACCGAGGACUCUUUUACUGCAGAACCGGGGACCACCGAAGACUAUACCACUGCAGACCCUACCACUGCAGACCCGGGGACCACCGAGGACUCUUUUACUACAGACCCAGAGACCACCAAAAACUAUACCACUGCAGACCCGGAGACCACCAAGGACUCUUUUACUGCAGACCCAGAGACCACCGAAGACUAUACCACUGCAGACCCGGAGACCACCGAGGACUCUUUUACUGCAGAACCGGGGACCACCGAAGACUAUACCACUGCAGACCCGGGGACCACCGAGGACUCUUUUACUGCAGACCCAGGGACCACCGAGAACUCUUUUGCUGGAGAUCCGGGGACCAUCAAGGACUCUACCACUGCAGACCUGGUGACCACUGUGGACUCUUUUACUGUAGUCCUGAGGACCACCAAGCACUACACCACUAAACACCCAGACACUCGCCCUGAGGGAGCAGAUUCAGUAACCUCAGGGAAACCCACAGGGCUGCUGGCUCCUGUCAGCAUCAUCGUCAUUUCCCUGGCUGUCGCCACAGUGGCAGUUGCACUCUUUGUUGGACUUGGCUUCUUUGUGAAAAAUUGUUCCCUGCAGCCAUUAAAUCCACCCACCAGGGUUAUUUAUUUUCCCCAUGCCAUGCAUUGGAGUGCACCAUGAAGAGGAUUCCAGCAGUAACUAUAAUGGGUUCUAGAGCAAAUCAGACUGCCAUCAGUCUCUGCAGGACCAUGAAGCAUGUUGUGCGUCCUCAGAUCUCCACUCUUCUCCCCCAUUCCAAAGCCCUGGGACCACCAGAUGAGAAAGGUAGCUGGCCCUGGGAAUAAGCACAUCAGGGAUAGCCAGAAGGAUGCCUGACUGCUCUGAGUAUCCCUAAUUCUGUCUGGCCGUAGUUGCUUCCUCAGGAAAAUUGCCUUUAUCUAUCUACCAGAUUUAGUCAUGAAAACUAUUUGAGGGGGGCGCCUGGGUGGCACAGUGGUUAAGC